AUGUCGGCCGAUAUCUUCUUGGGUGCUAUAGCUGAAGAGGUGUUGGGUGUGAUAUUAGAACUGAAAGAAAAGGUCGUUAAUUUCCCGGAAGAUCUUGAAAAGCUCCAAAAUACUCUCCAAUGUGUGAUUCCUCUGUUUAAACAAGGGAGGCAAUUGGAUUUAGAGUUGACCGAUCGUAAGUCGAAGGCGCUCGAGAAUAUGAUCGAGAAGUUGAAGCAAGGAGAACAGCUCGUCCAGGAGUGUUGCAAGGUCCCAUCUUGGAACAUCUUCUUGAAGAUCCAUUACUCCAUUAAGAUCUCUAAUUUGAAUGAAGCUAUUCGUAGGUUCUGUGGGCUGGAAUUACAGGUCGAAAACUGGCGAGACAAUAAACUGCUUCUAACUAAGAUGGAAGAACUGACUAUACAACAGCGACAGGUACAAAUUGUGGCUGGUGUGUGUGUGGGUGUGCCUUCCCUUCGUAAUGAGGGUUUGUUUGCAGUGCCUGAACUCCCAGAUCGUGUUGUUGGAUUCAAAUUACCUCUCGAAGAAUUGAAGAUUGAAUUGUUCAAAGAAAAUUUGGCUGUGCUUGGACUUUGUGCUCCUGGGGGACGUGGGAAAUCGACAUUAGCUGCCAUGCUUUGCCGAGACGAACAAGUUACAGGCAGAUUCAAGGAUAAUAUAUUCUUUGUAACUGUUUCAAUGACGCCCACCUUAAGGAUCCCACAAAGACUACUUGAAGAGAUUGGUGGUGGGGUGCCUGGGUCCGACCUGAGUGAAGAAGAUGCGACUAAGCAAUUUCAUCACCUUCUGAAGCAGAGAAAAUCAGAGCCACUAUUGUUGGUUUUAGAUGAUGUUUGGGACGAAUCAAUUAUCGAGAAGUUUUUCUCCAGAACAGAAGGAUAUAAGAUGUUGGUUACAUCAAGAACAGAAUUCAAAAGAUAUAGUUCUAAACAUCAUUCUAAAUACCUUUUGAAAACACUUAGUGACCAAGAUUCCAUGACUCUCUUUCGUCACACAGCAUUGUCUCAAGAUGGGAAUGAGGACUAUGAGCCAGAUGAGGAUAUUCUAAAUAAGAUAGUAAAAUGCUGCGAUGGUUUUCCACUCGCUAUAAUGGUGAUUGCCAAAUCUUUGUCCCAGCAGCCCCCAGUGAUAUGGGAAAACAUGGCUAAGAAACUGUCGAAAGGUGCUCGCAUUAUUGAUUUUGAUGAAAAAUUGCGGGAACGUCUUGCAGCAAGUUUGGAUUCCUUGGAUAAAACAGUUCGAGAGUGUUUUCUGGACCUGGGUUCCUUUCCUGAAGACAAAAGGAUCCCUGCCUCUGCUCUGAUCGAUAUUUGGUGUGAGAUCUAUGAACUAGAUGAUGAAAGUGAUGCCUUUGUCAUUCUUCUCGAACUUGCCUCUCGAAAUCUUGUUAAUUUGGUUGGAAGCAGGCAAAUUGUAACGGAGAUUGUUGCUAGCUUCAAUGAGCUAUUUGUUACCCAGCAUGAUUUGCUCAGAGACCUGGCUAUCUACGAGAGCCGGCAGCAGCAGAGUAAAAGACUUAUCAUGGGCAAAAGAGAAAAAGGCCUUCCCGAGAGCUGGAGAAAAAAAGAGAACGACUAUCUCAAUGCCCGUCUUGUUUCCCUCUGCACAGGUGAAAUGUGUCUAGAAAACUGGUAUGUCUUGCAACUUCCUGAAGUUGGGGUGCUGAUUCUGAAUUUCUCUGCAAGUAACUAUGCCUUACCCCCAUUCAUGGAAAAGAUGAGGAAGCUAAAGGUUCUUAUCAUUGUGAACCGUGGACGGACCCAUGCCAAGCUAAGCAAUUUGAUAACACUUAGUGAAUUGUCUAAUCUAAAGAGGAUCAGGUUAGAGAAAGUCUCCAUUCCUUCCCUUCAUGAAUUCACAUUGCCAUUGAUGAAUUUGCAGAAGAUAUCUUUUGUUAUGUGUGAUUUUGGCCAAGCUUUGAUGAAAUGCACCAUCAACUCCUCCUACGUGUUACCUAAUCUUGUUGAGAUCAACAUCGAUUACUGCCAUGAUCUGGUGGAAUUGCCUCCGUGGAUCUGCGAUAUCAACAAUUUACAGACACUCAGCAUUACUAACUGUGAUAACUUAUCUGCACUACCUGAGAGAAUUGGAUGUAUGGCAGAUUUAGAGUUGUUAAGGCUGCAUGCAUGUACUGGAUUACCUAAGUUACCAGACUCGAUAAAAGGACUCCAGAAGCUGAGGUUCCUUGAUAUAUCCGAUUGUUGCAACUUAAAAAUGCUGCCUGAUGGGAUGGGUGAGUUACAUUGUUUGAAGAAGCUAGACAUGAGAGGUUGCAUAGAUUUGAGUGAAUUGCCACCUUCAGCCAUGAAUCUUGUUCAUUUAAAGGAAGUGAUCUGUGAUGAAGACACAGCUAGUCUUUGGGAACCUGUAUCAUCUAGUCUGAAAAUAACUGUGCUUAAGAAGGACAACAACUUGGAAUGGCUAGGGAUUUGAUAUAUGACUACUAACUUGACUGAAUCUGGAGGGGCAGACUCUGGAG